AUAAGCAACAAAUAUAAUUGUUUAUACAGUUUAGAAUGGUUGUUUUACUUUGAUACUAACAGUAAGUCUGUAAAGUUAGAUGGUUAUAAAUAAAGAUCGUAACAAGUAACAGGAAGACGUUUUAAAUAUCACCAAUGUCAGCUUCAAGCAAUACUACUGUCAAACCGCAAGAAAGCCGCCGUAUUCUACGAAUGGUAUGGAUACUUUCAGCUCUUCUUAUCGUUUCGUGUUUUUAUUAUGAUGGUAAACCAAAUCAACAACUUGAUCCUGUGACAACCGGCAAGCAUGCUGAUUCCUCCUCAGAUCUUGGAAGGAAACUGUUGCAGACGGAGGAGGAUUCAUUUCCUGACUGCAUACCUCCAUCUAUCCAGGACUUUCCAGAUGAUUUUUUCACACAAAGUGAGAGACUAAGAGGUGGAGUCGUUAUUCAUUUUUUAAUAGCAGCUUAUUUCUGCGGGAUGUUGGCCAUCAUUUGUGAUGACUAUUUUGUCCCUUCGCUGGAGAUCCUUUGUGACGCUAUGCAAAUUCCGUCGGAUGUUGCUGGAGCCAGCUUUAUGGCGAUUGGUAGUUCCGCACCGGAGUUCUUUUCAUCAGUCAUUGGUGCGUUUAUAACUGAGGGAGAUAUUGGAAUUGGGACUAUCUUGGGAACAGCAGUAUUUAAUUUGUUAGGAGUCACAAUGAUUGUAUCGUUUAUUGUUUGGAAAACAGAUGUGCCACUGGACUGGUACCCGCUGUCACGAGAUUCCUUUGUAUAUACAAUAACUGUUGCUGCCCUUGCAGCAGUAUUAACUGACAAUGUUAUAAGAUGGUGGGAAGCAGUAAUUUUGAUGCUCAUGUUCUUCUCUUACAUAUUACUCAUGUAUUUCAACACUCGAAUCGAAGGUUUUUGCACACUACAGGUAGAAAAAUUGAAAAUUAGAUGGUUAAGUAAUCAUCCUUCUUUGCCUGAACAAGAAGCAACAAACGAGAAAAGUCCUCUCAUAACUAGCGCGUCAGUGGAAGAUGGUUUUAAAGAAUCCACUAAUGAAGACACCAGGAGAAAGCAUCUAACUGUUUCUUGGGGUACAAAAGAACAGCAUUUUCUAUCCGUAGAGGAAAGUAUUGUUGAAAAAAGAUCGAGAAGAGAAAGUAACAUUAUCAUGGAAAAUGUGAAGGAGAUGAACGAGGAAACCAGAGAAGAAACGUCUGUCUGGCACAUGCCUGUGACAGGUUCUCUACGACAGAUCUGGUGGGUUCUUAUGUGGCCAGCUUCGUUUUUGUUCUACAUCACCGUUUUGGACUGUCGGAAACAAAAUCUCAGGAAAUAUUAUAUGAUAACUUUCUUAAUGUCCGUUGUGUGGAUUGGAAUAAUAUCAUAUUUAAUUGUCUGGAUGAUAACUAUUAUAGGUUAUACGCUAGGUAUUCCAGAUACGGUAUCAGGUCUCACGCUACUAGCAGCAGGAACCAGUGUACCCGAAAUAAUAUCCAGUAUCAUUGUUGUAAGAAACGGUCUGGGAAAUAUGGCCAUGUGUAACCUGAUCGGAAGUAACAUUUUUAACGUUUUGUUUUGUCUUGGUGCUCCGUGGUUAAUAAGGACUUUAAUUCCACCAAACAAAGGGUUUUUGAUUAUCAACAGUUCAGGGUUAAUGUAUACCACUGUCACUUUGCUAGCAACUAUUGUUGCCUUGUUUAUAUUUUUGUAUAUUUUUAAGUGGAACCUUAAUUAUAGGAUCGGCUUCUCGUGUAUGGUGAUUUAUGGGGGUUUUCUGGUACUAGCGUGUAUGUACGAACUAAACUUCUUCGGGGAGUUUAACCCUCCUCAGUGUUUAUUGGAAAACUAAACCAGCAAGAUUUGAAUAUAUAUAUAUAUAUAUACAUACUCUGGCUUAGUUUAUGGCAGAACAUUGAAACUGCAUAAAAUUAAUUUCUCUUCUAAUUCUCAGUUGGAAGAGUUUUUGUUUGGUUUUUGCAUAACUGUAUUUCAUUCAUUGUUAAAAAGUAUUAUUAUUAUUUACCUGAAAUGAAAUCAGUUUAAUAUUGAAUAAAUUUUCCUGUUAGAAAGAGGUUAGACUUUGCAUGUAAAUUAAUCUUUCUGUUAAAGGAAUCAAUAACAGGAAAGAAAGCUGUUUUCGAAAAGUAUUAAUCGUUGGUUUAUAAUUAAGCCUUGAUUGUUACAAAAUGUUAUAAACUUGCGCACUUUUGCGAUAUAUUCUACAAAAAAGUUAUUCAGGUUAUAAAGGUAAUGACUCAUUUUUAUCAAGGUUUCUAAAACAUACUUGUAUAACUACGGACUUAUUGUACGAAGUUUUCUGAAGAUAAAAUUUGUAGGUAUUUCGAGUUGGGCCACUAUAGUUUCGUACUCUAAAAAAUUACACUAAUUACCUGUUUCGAAUUAGAAAUGUUUAGCUAUUUCUAGGUAAAUAUAACGAACCACAUAUGAGUUCUACACGACUAAUUGUGCUUGAAGUGACUGACCAUUACUAGCUAAUCAGUGCUUUGAUGGCGGCUAAAAGUAGAUCUAAAACCUUUUGUUUUUUAUUGACACAAUAGUAUCUAAAUUUGUUAAUUUAGCCUAAAAUAUGGAAAAGAAGCACUUUUCUGAAGGGCUUCUUUUUAUACAUGCAAUAUGAUUUAUGUAAGUGCAAUUAACUUAAAGAUAAUAUGUAAAACGUUUUGUAAAACAUUUCCUUUGAUUUGUGUAAUAAUAUGUUCCAAAUGAAUGUAUUUAAAUAUCUUAGUAAAAAUAUAAAAUUUACGUUUCUAAAGGGACAUUUUUUAUAGAAAAAAAUCAUUCUGAAGGAAUUAACAUUAUAUGAGUAACACGAUAUAAGUGUAUGGGUUUAACCUAUAUAAAAAUAACAUUCUUUAUUAGAUUGAGGUAACUUAAAAAGUACAAUCGUUUUUAUAUAGACCAACCUUCUCAGUGUACAUUUGGAUUCCGAUGUGUCAUUCUGAAAGCUUUAAAUAGAAGAUCAAUAGUAUAGUUAUAAGUAUGUAUAAUUUCAAUAUAUGUAUGUGUGUAUAAUUUCCGCUGUUUAUUAGUAUUUUCUCAAUGAACCAAAAUUAAGUUAAAUUUCUAAACCUAACUUAAUAAAUUUAAAUGUGAUUUUCAAAUUACUUAGUCCUUUUUGUUCAUCUUAAUCGUAUAUUUUAUGUACAAUGUACAUAAUAAGUAAAGAGUU